UAAUUAAUAACCAUGCGUACUGGAAGGUUCUUCCAUGCCAGCCGACUAAAUGGAAGGAAAUGGCUAGCUAGUUUACAAACUCAGUUUGAACACUGGCACUGCAGUGGCGGAGCUCUUAUCCAAACACCAAGUAGUCAAACUUCCGCUCAGAUUACCAUGAUUAAGUAUAGGAAGCCCUCCCCACGUAGAAGCAGACAAGCAAUACGACAGAGAUCUAUUAGACACGAUGGUGCUCGGAUUGUACGAACCAUUAUUCAUUAACAAACCCUACGAAUCAUUGCUCCAAUAUAAUGGACGUCUACUCGGUGAUCGAGAUGCAAUUGAGCAGUGGCAGCUAGCUUUUGCGCAUGUCCCCCCGGCACGUCCACUAUUCAGUACUGUUACGUGGCAUCUUUAACCUCUGCCAUCAGAUCCUUCUCCACGCACUACGUACUUCUGUAUAUACUCAUCCACCGCUUGCUGCCUUUGAUUUCAACAUUUCAGAGAGAACUGAGCUAGCUAGCAAGUAGCAGAUGCGAUCGAGAGAAGUGGGAAGUGAGAACAGGAGAGGUAGGAGAGAUAAUUAGGCGACCAAAAUAUCAGGGGAAGAGCAUGGAGGCCGUUCCGGUGGGCGCCAAGUGCGAGCGGUGGAACCCGACAGCAGAGCAGGUGAAGGUGCUGACCAACUUGUUCCGAUCGGGGUUGCGCACCCCCACCACCCACCAGAUCCAAAUGAUCUCCGCCCACCUCGGUGCCUUCGGCAAGAUCGAGAGCAAGAACGUCUUCUACUGGUUCCAAAACCACAAAGCCCGCGAGCGCCACAACAAGAAGCGCCGCCGCGGCCCCCCUGACGAUGACGACGAAGACGGCACCGCCGCUGGGGAUCACCGCAAGUCCAGAACCAGAUGUUUCCGCGUAGGGUGCAGCAAGGGGAAGCAGGAAGUGUACUGGCAGCGGAAGGAGAUCAGAGGAGAGACGGAGACACUGGAGUUAUUUCCGUUGAAGUCAUCCAUCUCCGAGGAGGCCGACAAGGUGAUCACCGUGAGAGGCGAGCUCUGCGGACGACGAGCAUUAUACUUGGAUGCAGCUGGAAGAGAUCUUCCGCCGUUGGAUUUGCGAUUGAGCUAAAAUUACGUCGAGUAAAUUUAACCUAGUUUAGAUCCCUCAUUCCGCUUCAUAUUUCUCCGUGUUGAAUCCUACUUGAAAGAUCCAUAGCUAGCUAGCUAGCUAGCUAGCUUGCUUCAUGCAGUGUGUUUUAAAUUUCUGUA